AUGCGUCACAUUGCGCGAUUCAAUAUACCUCCGAGGAUGAAUACAGUCUGGAAUGUGGAUUCUAGCUGUUACUGUAAGGCUCAGCAGAAUGUUCAGAAGUUACAUUUGAUUGGGAUCAUUCGACGCAUUGAAGUUCGCACCGAGUAUCUCAGUUUUAGAGCAGUACCCUUUACCACAUUCGACGCCAGCAUAUCGCGAUGGAUAUCAAUUUUUUUUAUAGCAGACAGCAUAAAGAAUACGCUAGCAGAAAUAUUAUAUGCCCUGAAAAAUGAGAUGAUUCAGAAUAUGCAUCAACCGCUGCAGAUGACCAUUUCUUCGUUCCAACACAUUCAAUUGCCGAAAAUCAUCUCUCAAUUGUUCCCGUGCUAUCAAGUCAACUAUCAAAAUCCUAGGAAGGCAAAGCAAGGCAAAGCAUUUCAACAAAGGAGAAGGACUCGAAUCGAUCAAACCGCAAACAAGAGACUCACCACUAUGGCUCAAUCAUUGAUGGACCUUCUUCCACAAAGCCUUCACCUAUUCGACCACGAUAACUCACCAAGAUCCACCAGAGCUUUCCAGCGAAUGGGCCAUGAAUCUUUCCCUCUUCCGAUUCACACGUUGACGACAUGA